UUGGGGAAUUCCCCGCAGGGCGGAAGCGCCCGAACUCCAGGCAAAGCCCAGCGACGGGCUGGAAGCUGUGGGGAGCCCUUGAAUCUUCGGGGGCUAUGGCAGGGGUCGCGUGCUUGGGGAAGACUUCGGAUACUGACGAAUGGUGCGACAGUGGCCUGGGCUCUCUGGGUCCGGACGCAGCAGCCCCCGCAGGACCGGCGCUGACCGCUGAGCUGGGCCCGGGGCUGUCGUGGGAGCCCCUCGUCUUUGGCUACGUCACAGAGGACGGGGACACGGCUCUGCACUUGGCGGUGAUUCAUCAGCACGACUCUUUCCUAGAUUUCCUUCUAGGCUUCGCGGCCGGCACUGAGUACUUGGAUCUGCAGAACGACCUGGGACAGACAGCCCUGCACCUGGCAGCCAUCCUGGGGGAGGAGUCAGCUGUGGAGAAGCUGUACGCGGCGGGUGCCGGGGUGCAGGUGGCGGAGCGCGGGGGCCACACGGCGCUGCACCUGGCCUGCCGCUCGGGGGCGCACGCGUGCGCCCGCGCACUGCUCCGGCCCCGGCCCCGCUGCCCCCGAGGGGCCCCCAACACCUACCUCACUCAGGGCUCCGGCCCUCACACGGACGACAGCCCCGCCGCGGAGAAGGAGGGGGAGGAGGAGCGGGAGAGCGAGCAGGACUGGAGGCUCCAGCUGCAGGCCGAGAACUACGAGGGCCACACUCCGCUGCACGUGGCUGUCAUCCACAAAGAUGCAGAAAUGGUCCGGCUGCUGAAAGAGGCUGGAGCUGACCUCAACAAAACGGAGCCCACCUGUGGCCGAAGCCCCUUGCACUUGGCAGUGGAGGCCCAGGCAGCUGACGUGCUGGAGCUUCUCCUGACGGCUGGGGCCGACCCCACUGCCCGCAUGUAUGGUGGCCGCACCCCUCUGGGCUGUGCCACCCUCCGGCCCAACCCUGACCUUGUGCAACUCCUUCGUGAGCGAGGAGCCCCUGAGCCUGAGGAGGAGGAGGACGAUGACGAUGACGAUGAUGAUGACAAGCCCAGCCUCUGUAGCAGCAGUGGAGACAGUGACAGUGACUGCGGGGAUGAGGCAGGCCAAUACGACGACAUCGUGAUGCACAGUGGGCGGAGUCAAGCCAGGACCUCUCCCAGCCCAGCCUCCAGACCCCUCCCCGCAAAGCCCUGCAACCCUGCAGACCCCACAGACCCUGCAGUCCCCUGUGACCCCGCGGCCCCACAGGAGCCUGGUGAAUAAAA